AUGAAUUAUGGGACCCCAGAAGACAUGAGCAAUUGUACCAUCAUCAUGGAAUUCUUCCUUAUGGAGUAUUCCAGCAUCCGAGAGCUGCAGGUCUUGCACGCCAUUCUUUUCUUGCUGAUAUACAUUGCAGCCCUGAUGGGAAAUCUCCUCACUGUCACUGCCAUUGUCACUGACCCACACCUUCACUCUCCUAUGUAUUUUUUCCUAAGCAAUCUUUCCAUGUUGGAUAUUGGCUACAUCUCAGUCACUCUUCCCAAAUUCAUUGUGAAUUCCCUGACAGGCAAUCAAUCCAUUUCUCUCCUGGGCUGUGCUGCUCAGAUUUUCUUUGCUAUCUUCUUUGCUGCAACAGAAAUUGCCUUGCUUGUGGCAAUGUCCUAUGACCGCUUUGUGGCCAUUUGCCAUCCCUUGCACUAUGGGGUCAUCAUGACACCAUUCCGUUGCCUUUGGGUGGCAAUUAGUUCAUGGCUCAGUGGGCUCAUCUAUUCAGCUCUACACACAGGAAAUAUGUUCCGUUUGCCUUUCUCAGGAUCCAAUUUGAUCCACCAGUUUUUUUGUGAUAUCCCUCAUGUGUUGAAGGUCUCAUCUUCUGAGGUUCGUGAUACUGAGUAUAUACUCCUUGCCACCAGUUCCACUUUAGUUUUAUUCUGCUUUGGCUUUUUAGUUAUAUCCUAUACUUAUAUCUUCUCCACUGUAUUUAAAAUGCCCUCUGAGGAAGGGCGCUACAAAGCUUUGUCUACCUGUUCACCUCAACUUAUUAUCUUCCUGUUAUUCAUUCUGUCCGGCAUGGUCACAUUCUUGAGUCCUUUAUCAGACACUACCCCAAUCCGGAAUCUUUUGACUUCAAUGACUUAUGCAAUAUUGCCUCCAUUUAUGAAUCCUAUUAUUUAUAGUCUGAGGAACAUGAAAAUCAAAGUUGCACUGGCCAGAAUAAUCAAAACUAUCUUUUUCCCCAAGAAGUACAUGUCCAUCUUUGAAACAAUUAAAAAAUAA